CUGGCUGCGAAGGAAAGGAAAAAGCAAGCAACAAGAAGGAAGAGCAAUGGCGACAUUGGAUCGCCAACUACCAAGUCUGGAUACGUUCCUGUGCAAACCGUGGUCUAUCUUUACCGACGCAGCUGAAUCACUUUACACCGACAGCGCACUCAUUGCUGAAAAUCAAGGGAAACAUUUUUUGAACAGAAAGGAAGUGAUGAAACUGAACAGAGAAGAUAUGCACUUGUUUGGCCAGUUUCCCACUCAUGACGAAUUCUUGCUCGUCGUAUGCAAUGUCUGCGAACAAGUCAUCAAACCUCAGGGGUUCCUGACGCAUUACGAGAGGAGGCACGGCUCUCCCGGUGGCUCCAGGGCCCCUCUGGUUCCCAUGAAGCCCAAAGAGUCAGUGAGCCACAGUGGGGUGGAGGCGCUGCCCUUCCGUGUGCCCCGCGACUACCCCCACUCGCGCUUCAGCAAGGCCCCACUCGCCGUGUACCCCCCCAAAGGAGCCCGCGCCAAGGCCUGUGUGUCCAUGCCAGUGGUGAGUUUGGAGAAGAUGCCCUGCUUUGGACGGGCAGAGGGCAGUCACGUCAAAGUCUCCUCUGGCUCUUCAGCCCCCAGCACCUCUUCUUUCCCCUACUCCUCUUCCUCCUCCUCCUCCUCCUCUCAGUCGCCGGCCGCCUCCCUCAAGUCCUCCUCGCUAGCCUUCCACAAGCCUCAGGAGAAGUUUGUGAACGGUCGGGGCCCGGCGACGCCGCGCUCGGUCACGCCACCUUCGGCACAAGACGGCCUUCGGCGCAGCCCCUCGCGCUCCCCGCUGGACAAGCGUCCCACCCCCUCCCCCUCCGCCUCUCAGGACAGGAGGCCUAGUGCGUCUCCCUCUCCGUCCUCAUUGGACAGAAGGCCCAGCGCCUCGCCUUCCCUGUCCUCAUUGGACAGGAGGCCCAGUGCCCCGCCCUCUCCCUUGGAAAAGAAGCACCAAAAUGGGACGAAAGGCAGCCGGCACAAGAGAGUGUCAGGGAGGAUCUUUGAUCCUAAUAAGCACUGUGGAGUCCUGGAUCCAGAAACCAAAAGGGCUUGCACCCGGUCUCUCACUUGCAAGACUCACUCCCUGACCCAUCGCCGCGCUGUACCCGGGAGGAAGAAAGACUUUGACGUCCUCCUGGCCGAGCACAAAGGGCGAGCAAAGGAGAAGGAUGGCGGGCACAAACGGGAGAGUCAGACUGGCAGCCAGCUCAACCAAUCACACGACACUACGCCAAGCGGGCCGGCCCACUGCCCCAAUGACAAAACCACUUCCACUUUGCGGCUACGCCUGGCUAACACACACAUGCACAGGUCUGUGGGCAGCGUGGGCACGGUGAUGCUGAGCUCCUCUGCGGUGCCCGCCCCUGACCCUGCGCCCAGCUGGCAGAGGGCAGCUGCGGAAAGUCGCCUGUCCAGCGACGAGGGCGAGACGGAGGCGUCCGAGGACCCCGAGAAACCAACCUGCCAUUACUCUCCGCGCCAUCCACACCCAAUGAGUUGCUGUGCCUUCAACAGCAGGCUGAUGGGGAGAGGUCAUUAUGUCUUCGAUCGGCGUUGGGACAAGAUCCGGCUGGUGUUGCACUCCAUGGUGGAGAAGCAUGUGAAUUCUCAGAUGUGGAAGAAGGUACCCUUGGCAGCAGAGAGUUUGGCAAGUAACUCCCCUAGCCCUUCAGACUCUUCCUCCUCCAGUUCGGGUGUGCUCUUCCCUCCCCUGUUUGCCUCUCCUGCUGCCCCUCCGUCUCUGGAUGGGGUCUCCGUCGUCUCGUACUCCACAGCCUUCCCCCACAACGGAGGCGGAAUCUUCUGCAUCAGGGACCCCGACCCGCCGACUCCAGCGUCCUCCUCCUCCUCUUCCUCCUUUGCCAAACCGCCUCGGACUAAACCUGCCAAGUCCCCCAGGGCUCAGAGCGAGGGGCCUGGCGCCAAGAGGCGCAAGCCCUCCGAGGGGAGCUCCCACCGGAAGAACGGAAACGGCUACCACCCGCCUGCCUCUCCUCUAGCGCCCCCUUCAGGGCCUGCCAUAAUCAGCAACGGCACAGCCACGCUCUGCAUCAAGAGCAAGUCCCCCAGUCGGAUUGGGCAGGGGCUCAAAGACACGGGAAGGUACGCAAGUGGCGGGCAGGUGGGUGCGGGCAGCUCGCUCCAGGGCGACCACGUGCUCACCACGCACGGCCCCACACCGUUCAGCGCCAUGGCGAUGGACGGCAGGAAGCGCAAGAGCUCUGGCUUGGGGGAGAAGUCAGGGAAGGUGACCAAGACAGCGGGGCUGGACAGCAUCUUCAGGAAGAGCAGCUUGAGCCUCCUGGCCCCUCUCCCUGAGUCGCCACACAACCCUCACCUGCGGCAGCCCAAGGUGCACCACUGACUUAAUGGAUUAUCAAACUAAGGAGAAGGGAACGAUGCUCAGCACAAACAGACUGUUAACUCUACAUCCUCCAAGCCCUUCUUCCUCCGCCUGUGUUACAGGGCUUACUGGAAUUGUAACUGAUAGACCAGAGCAGUGAAAUCUAGCUGUGUGCCCAUUGUCUAUCGGAGAGACCUCUGAGCUGUGGUUGUUGUUGGUGGUGGAACCCUGUGUGUGUGUGUGUGUGUGUGUGUGUGUGUGUGUGUGUGUGUGUGUGUGUGUGUGUGUGUGUGUGUGUGUGUGUGUGUGUGUGUGUGUGUGUGUGUGUGUGUGUGGGGGGGGGGUGGUAUGAAAGUAAAGAGAGGUGUCCCGUUGGUACUAAACGCUCUCCCUGCAGUUUAACUGCACUUUCAACCGCUACGCUACACAGCUUUUUGGGGUCACCGUGGAUGAUGGCGAGCAUGCCCUUCCACAUGUGUGUACAGAUUAAGACAAUUUACGAGGAAAAAAACAACUGCCGUCAGUAGAGCGGACAGGCUUUGUUUAUUUCAACACCACUCUUGCCGUUGAACUUUUUUGUUUGUUUUUUUGGUUCUUGCCGCUAUAAUAUAGCAAUCCGUUCGAUCAUCUCGCCUUUUGCUGGAGAUGUCAGGACAAUAGAAAUGAUAGGAAAAGAGGGACACCGCGUGUCUUGCACGUCGUUGGAUUUCUUCCGUGAGCUGUGACAAGUGUGAGGGACCUCACAUCAUGCCUGAAACCUGUCUACCAUGUACCAUAUUGCACAUGCGUAUGUACACCCAUACUUGGGUAUUUGUACAGACACACACACACACACACACACACACACUCGACACACAAAAAGGCUCUGGAAUGGAAAAAGCCUCUCCACCAUGCCUAUCUAAAGUGCACUUAAGUCUCUUCCCACCUGGAAGGUAGAACAGGUGGCAGAGAGAACAACAGGAACUUUCAACCAAGGGAAUUCUUUACUGACACUGUUUGGCAAGAUUAUUUUUAAACAAAAAUAGGAUGAAUUCAGGUUUUUUUUUUUCUUCAAGUAUUUUAGUGUUGUUGCAAGCAUUGCAAGAAAACACACAAUGUCAGGACUUGCGCCUAAAUGGAAAACAACAUAAGGAAGUGUUGGAUUUUGUAUGAUAAUUUAUCAUUUCUUUAUUAAUUUUCUAACUGAGUAGAGUAGGGCUAAAUAUGAGCAAAAGUAUAUUUGUAUGUAAUUUUAAAAGUUGAAAGUAUUAUUAUAGAGUUUGUAUUGUUGGAAGUGUACAUAUCUUUCUAUUAUUUUUUUGUAUUUAUUAUUAAUCUUGCAGAGCUACACAAAGCAAUCCCAAUUCCCAGCCCACCCUUUGUAUCACAAAUAUUAUAACCCCCAAAGAAAUCUAUCUUGCUUUAUUUUGCAAGUUUCUUUUUAAACAAUCCAUCAUUUACAUUUGUCAUUUAAAAAGGCCCCAUUGCAGUGUCACUCAGCUUUAUCUUGUGGAUUAAAUCCAAGUAUAAUACUGCUGUUUUUAAGCAUGUGUAAUAAUGAAUCAUAUUUGGUUUAAGGCAUUUGCACUGUAAACCAACCAUAGUCAUAUAUUUCCUUGGUGUGGAUUUAUUGGAUCGGCAUGAUCUCCUUAAUAGUCAACUUUAGUAUUUGCCCCUUUGCACUUUGUAAUUUACCAGAAAUGAAGUCUGUUCUUAUUUAUAGAGAAAAAGAUAUUUCAAAAACAUAAAUAUAUAUAUUACAUAGAAAGACAAAUGUUUGUACAGUUUUUCUUUUCGUUUGAUAUCCCCACAUAAAUGUUCUGUGUGCAUUUCACCUAUUGACAUGUUGGCUAGUACCUUUCUGCCUUGCUCAAGAGCCAGUCUCACCGUACGCCGUGGCUGAAAGCUCAGCGUUCAAGCCUUUAUGAUCUCCGUGUGAAGUGCUUCCACCCGAGACUCAGGUGCUGGAAGUAGUGCAAGUUGAGGGAGUUGCUUUCCCCAUAGAAAGCUCUUCGCAAUUGGUUUCUUCUACUCUAAAGCUAUUGGCACUUAUCACUUGGAGGUCAGUUCCAGCCUCUUCAGUAACAAAUUAUUUGAACAUAGUCCCUGCAGUCUUAUUUCUCUCACCACGCACACUGUUUUGUCUCAUAAAAAGACCAAAGCCCAGAUAUGAGUUAGAAAGUGAUUUUAAAUGGUUAGGUAUGACUUUUUGAAGCAGAUAACAUCAAAGCCGCUUUGUAUGUUAAGACAUCUUAAAGGUACACUAUGCAAGAUUUUCACCUUUACGAAGCCAAUUUGAUGGUUAAUGAACUUGUAAUAGGUGAAUUGUUCACCUAGCAAAGCUAUACAGCAUUGACAUAGUGAAGCACUACUGAGAAAACCAGCCAUGCAACUUCACAAAUGGCGGCCCUACAAAUCUCAUGAGAAUCGUGAAACAUUACCUUGUCAGUAGAUAUAGCUCUUUGGAGAUAGUUGUUGCCUGUUGUUAAUCCUUCACCUCCACAACAAAAGCAUUUUCAUUUUGUACAGGGGGUUAAGUCAUGAGAAUUUUGCUAUUUACAACAGCAGAGUAAAUAUAUCACGACUAGAGGGAGCUCUACAGUCGCCAAAAAUACCUAAACCUGCAUAGUGUACCUUUAAUGUGUAUUUAAACCAUUCACCACUUGGGUGAAGUGUACUUGGUUCUUUGAAUGAAAGUUAAUUGAAUGUUAACAAGAUAUAUUCUCUACAAGCUUUGUUGCCAUUUCUGAUAUUGCUGGUUGGGUUUGUGCCACCUAAUAACUAAAGAAAAAAACUAUUUGAUGUCCCUUCUGCACCUUUUAUUCACCACGUUAUAUCUGGUUUGUUAUCGUUGAGAAUGUCCCCUCUUCAUUUGCAGUUGAAGGCCAUCGAUUUCAGAGAUGUAUAACAUAGACAGGCUUUUAAUAGUUUGUCUCUAGAAGUGUAUGUUGGAAGAAAAUGUAUAUUUGGUAAAUAAAUGACCGCUUUACAUAUAGGCCAUGAUUCUGUGGCUUGUCCACUGUGAUAUAUUUUUUUAAUCAGCAUUCAUAUUUUUUGUAUCAAUUUAUCUCUUUGAAAAACUCCUGUGCUUUUUAUCAUGCAAAUGCCCCCCCCCCCUUCCCCAAAGUUCUGUAUACUGUAGGUGUUUGAUCUACCCAAAGCAUAAAAAAAAAAAUCAAACAAGGUGAAAGGCUACAUUUAUUUUAAACUGAUGAAUUGCUCUUGUCUGAUAUGGCUUCAGUUUCACAGAGACCUUCUGACCACCUUAGAACCCCAGCUCCAUAAAAAAAAUCAGGUUAAAUGUCAUAUAACUGUGUAUACUAAUUGUAUUAAAUGAUAAUACAUUUUAUACUGCCCUUUUGUCCAGGUGUGUAACUUGUACACAUUCUGUCUUCACUAAAUACAGUUAUACUUUUUGUUUGUUUGUUUUAAAUUAUCUGAUGUUUAGGGAAUACUUUCCCCAGUCUAAUCUAGCCAUAUGAGCUGUUUUUUUUUCUUCUUUUUUUUUCCCCCCAUUGUAAGGCCUUAUUUUUAUAUGGUCAUGUAAAUGCUAUAAAACUAAACGUAUUUGAAAAGGAGUUUAAAAAAAACAAAACAAUGGCUAAACCUCAGUGGAACAGUGUCCUCUAUGUGCUUUUUACUCUUUUGGCCAAUGGCAUUUUCAAUAAUGAAAUAGAAUAUGUGUAUUUUCAGGGUUUGACAAUGUUUUGGAUUUCAACUGUUACACAAAUACAUUUUUUACCUGUCUCCCUGUGUCAUGUUGUGUGUCAACUGUUUUAACAUUAACUGAGCAAUGUAUGCUGAUGAUGGACAAGUUUUUCUGUGCACUUGGGAUAUAGAAUUUCCCCUAGGGUCUUGAAUUUCCUCUAGGGAUCAAUAAAGUAUCCAGCUAUCUAUC